GGGGAGCUCCCCAGGCAGGCGCCCCACACCUCCCUGACCACGUACCAUGGCUUUCCUCUGGCUCCUCUCCUGCUUCGCCCUCCUGGGCACAGCCUUCGGCUGCGGGGUCCCCGCCAUCCAGCCGGUGUUAAGUGGCCUGUCCAGGAUCGUCAAUGGGGAAGACGCUGUCCCGGGCUCCUGGCCCUGGCAGGUGUCCCUGCAGGACAGCACCGGCUUCCACUUCUGCGGGGGGUCCCUCAUCAGCGAGGACUGGGUGGUCACUGCUGCCCACUGCGGGGUCAGAACCACCCACCAGGUUGUAGCCGGGGAGUUCGACCAGGGCUCAGAUGCUGAGAGCAUCCAGGUGCUGAAGAUUGCCAAGGUUUUCAAGAACCCCAAGUUCAACAUGUUCACCAUCAACAACGACAUCACCCUGCUGAAGCUGGCCACACCCGCCCGCUUCUCCAAGACCGUGUCCGCAGUGUGCCUGCCCCAGGCGACCGACGACUUCCCUGCUGGGACCCUGUGUGUCACCACGGGCUGGGGCCUGACCAAACACACCAAUGCCAACACCCCCGACAAGCUACAGCAGGCGGCCCUGCCCCUCCUGUCCAACGCCGAGUGCAAGAAGUUCUGGGGCAGCAAGAUCACCGAUCUUAUGGUCUGUGCGGGUGCCAGUGGCGUCUCCUCCUGCAUGGGUGACUCUGGUGGCCCCCUGGUCUGCCAGAAGGAUGGAGCCUGGACUCUGGUGGGCAUCGUGUCCUGGGGCAGCGGUACCUGCUCCACCUCCACUCCUGGCGUGUACGCCCGUGUCACCAAGCUCAUACCCUGGGUACAGCAGAUCCUACAAGCCAACUGAGUCCCCCACCCCCACCCUGACCUCUCUGCAGACCCUGCUUCCACAGAGUCUCCAUAAAGCAAUAAAAGACACAUUGAUGAUGUCUCCUGUGUUGGGGCCGCUGAGACCGCA